UUUGCAAACUCCACACUGUCGGUCCUUUGACUAAGAGAAAGAUGGAGAACGGCACGGAGGGCAAGAACUUCUACAUCCCCAUGAACAACAAGACGGGGCUUGUGAGGAGUCCCUACUUUUAUCCACAGUACUACCUGGGGGAUCCCAUGCUAUUCAAACUUCUUGCUGUCUACAUGUUCUUCCUGAUCUGCACUGGCUUCCCCAUCAACGCUCUCACUCUGAUGGUCACAGCUCAGAACAAGAAGCUGCGGCAACCACUCAACUUCAUCCUGGUCAACCUGUCUGUGGCUGGACUGAUCAUGGUCUGCUUUGGGUUCACCAUCACUUUCAUAACUGCUAUUAAUGGCUAUUUUAUUUUUGGACCUAUGGGAUGUGCCAUUGAAGGAUUCAUGGCUACUGUGGGAGGUCAAGUUGCUCUCUGGUCUCUGGUCGUCCUGGCUGUUGAGAGAUACAUUGUGGUCUGCAAACCCAUGGGAAGCUUCAAGUUCACUGGAACUCACGCAGGAGUUGGAGUUUUUUUCACCUGGAUCAUGGCUCUAUCUUGUGCCGCCCCACCACUGGCUGGCUGGUCCAGGUACAUUCCUGAGGGUCUGCAGUGCUCGUGUGGACCUGACUACUACACUAUGGCCCCAGGCUUCAACAAUGAAUCAUACGUCAUGUACAUGUUCAUCUGCCACUUCUGUUUCCCAGUUGGCACCAUCUUUUUCACCUAUGGAAGCCUUGUGCUGACAGUCAAAGCUGCUGCAGCUCAGCAGCAGGACUCAGCAUCCACCCAGCAAGCUGAGAAGGAAGUGACGCGCAUGUGCGUGCUGAUGGUGCUGGGCUUCCUCGUGGCCUGGACCCCGUACGCCAGCUUUGCUGCAUGGAUCUUCUUCAACAAGGGAGCUGCCUUCUCAGCCACAGCCAUGGCCAUUCCUGCCUUCUUCUCAAAGAGCUCGGCGUUGUUCAAUCCUAUUAUCUACGUGCUGAUGAACAAACAGUUCCGUAACUGCAUGCUGAGCACUAUUGGAAUGGGUGGUAUGGUUGAAGAUGAGACCUCACUAUCCACCAGCAAGACAGAAGUGUCCUCUGUGUCAUAAGAAUUAUUACUUCACUCCUCCGAACAUCCACCUUCUUGAUGUCUUCCUGAUUCUGAAUGGCUAACUUGAAAUGGAAUUAAGCAACUGGAUACAAACAUGAUCUUUUCUGCAACAAAUGGACAUUGACCUCCAUGGCAGGGUUUCAACCGUGGAUAUUCUUUUUUUGGGGCGGGGUCUGUGUUUGUGGGAUUCAAACAGGACUCCAACAUCAUCUGAACAACACCUGAGAAAGGAUCAAGCAUAAAAAACAAAUGUAUAUGUGACAGAUGCGCGUGACAUGUCUGGAUGGGUGAGUGGUACAAAUCACCUUUGUAUAUUUAUGACCUGUAGGGGUGAGCAUAUUUGUUGGCCCCUGUCAUAAAAUCAUGUAUAUAUUUUGUAAACAAAAAAGUUUAGAAAAUUUAUUAAAUGCAUGC